CCCCGGGACCCGCUGGCCGCCGACCUGCGGUGCAGCCUGUUCGCCGCCGCGCUGCAGAGCUACAAGCGCGACUCGGCGCUCAGGCCCUUCCCGGGCCGCUACGCCAGCGGCGACACCAAGGACUUCGAGGGACUGCUUGCAGAUACCAAGGCUCUGCCAAGCCUGAAAGAGCUUCUGGAGUCUGUUCCAAAUACAGAUAAAAGGACCUGGGACCUCUUUAGUUGGAUUCUAUCAUCUAAAGUCUUCAUGAUACAAAGUACUAAAAAACGGGAGUACGAGAAGAUCCAGGAACUCACAGGGAUGUCUGGGGCUGCAGUUCCUGCUCCAGAUUACCUCUUUGAGAUUGUGUACUGUGAUCAAAUGAACAGCAAGUUUGCUGAGACCAAGGGAGAGCGGGACCUUAUCUAUGCCUUCCAUGGGAGCCGCCUGGAGAACUUCCAUUCCAUCCUGCACCAUGGCCUGCACUGCCACUUGAACAGGACAUCCCUGUUUGGUGAAGGCACCUAUCUAACCAGUGACCUGAGUCUGGCUCUGCUGUACAGCCCUCACGGUCUUGGCUGGCAGCGAAGUGCACUGGGCUCUAUCCUCAGCUGUGUGGCUGUUUGUGAGAUCAUUGACCACCCAGAUGUAAAGUGUCAGGUGAAAAAGAAAGAUUCAGAAGAAAUAGACAGAAAAAGAGCAAGAGUGAAAAACAGUGAAGGGGGAGAUGUGCCACAGAAAUACUUUGUUGUCACAAACAACCAGCUUUUACGAGUUAAAUACUUGCUAGUGUAUUCACAAAAGCAGCAUAGGAGGCCUUCUAAUGAAUCUUCCUGGUUCUACACCCACCGUUUUGCCCUAAUGAUGAUGCUGUACCUGUUGUUGCUGAUAGUGAUAGGGGCCAGCAACUCACCAACCUUCAUCUACUACUGGCACAGAAUGUUUGACUCAGAGAGAUGAACCACCCAAGAUGAUAAACUCUUAAUUUCACCAUGUGCCUUAAGAAUAGCUGAUCUGCAAUGCACUGCAUCUAUUCCAGAGCUCUGGAAAUAAAGGUGCCUGGAGCUUUCCAGUUCUGUCACCAAUAUAUUAAUCCUCAUGGCAUCUCUGCGUUUAUUCUUAUUUCUGUGUUCCUGGGAUUCAUGAGGAUGCCUAGUAGAGCUGAAAAGGAUCACAGUGGUGCAGCUUAGCAU